GGACCGAAGUGCAUGUGAUCUUUGAUCCGAUUGUCGGUAGACGUUUGACAUAACCUAUUCCGUGGCACUCUAUGACUGUCGUUGGUUCGGUGGCAUCUGUCAGAAACAACGUGCUUUUAGUGAAAUGAAUAUACUCCAGAAUUGGGAAAUGAAAUCGAUGGCAACAUAUAACGGGAACUAUUAUUCACGAUGAAAUGGGCUGAUGAGGCAUCUUUGACGUUGACCACUUGUUGGCACUGUUUCCUUCUUGGAUGUUGAUUCGGUGUAUCAUUUGACUACGAAGAUGGGUCAAGCAGGUGGAAAUGUACCCAAGCUUGAAAUCACUCGUUGUUGGAGGUGAAUUGGACCCUCUCACAACACUGGAGGUGGAUGUGGACAUUCACUGUGUGCCAGAAUAUUGUUCGGAGUUGGGAACGUAAUCCCUGACGGAGGAAUGGUGGAGGCUCUCUGAUCCGACAGUCCCCGCUAGAUCAUACACUACAGGAGAGACUACCUCAAUAACGGUAUACGGUCCGGCGAACUUUGCAGCCAGUUUAGCUGCGAAACUGUCGACAGCGGAUGAUAACGGAUUUGUGCGACGGAGAACUUUGUCACCUACAUGGAAGCGAACUUCUCUACGGCGAUAUCGAAAGCCUUCUGCUGGUCUUCUCCCCAUUUCCACCGCUGUUUCUUCUUGAGUAGCAGGGUUAGCGGAGAAACUACAUUGGAGAAAUUCUCGAUGAAUCGACGGUACCAGCUCGCAACACCCAGGAAUCGGCGUAACUCUCGGACGGUCUUGGGAGCAGGAAAUGACACUAUGGAUGCCACUUUAUCCGGAUCCGUACAGAUGCCUUCGGAAGUGACGACAUGUCCCAGGGGCACCUUACGAGAUUCGGCCAAUCUCUCCACCUCCUCGAUGAAGCCGCUCACACUACCUGUGCCACCAAAUGAAAUAUUCCAUUUGUGGACAGGAAUGGUUGGCACCGGUGACGGUCGAGGUUCCGGCUCCAAUGGUACUCUCUCUCUGGUCAUGGUCCUGCCAGAGCUCACACAAGAUGCAGGUGUACCAGGAUGUGAGACACCAGCAGCUAUCGGAAGAUUGACCCCAUCUCCAAGAUCAAUCAGGGAUGUUUCAGCUCUUUCCGGUUGGAUCGGGGACAUCCCAGGUGAACUGGGAACCUCCACAUCCAAGAGGGACUGUUCCUGCUGACUGGAUGGCUGUCCACGGGUGUUGCUACUACUCAGUUGCUCCAGCGUCUCCAAGGCCUUAGUUGUAGUCGCCUUCAGUUGUUCGAUCAGUUGUAACUGUGUUUCAUCGGAAGUGAUAAUAAAGUUCAGUCUUCCCUGAA